AUGGCUUCCGGUUGCAACCAGAACAGCAGCGCUACACCACGACACUUACAAAUCUUCAAUCCUCCUCUUGAGCCAUGCGGCGAUUUUCACCUGUUUGCACGUUUGCCUGAUGAUAUUCGCUGGCUUGUUUGGCAACAUUCUCUCGGUCACGAACGAAGGAUCGAUAUCAGCCUGAAUCGUCUGGAUUACACAAAUCCCACGCACAGGAUGCGAGAGCUGGCAAAUUCCGAAGACCGUUACCCUGUCUACCAAAUGAAUCAUGUCGUUCCCAUCAGGAGUGCUGUUCAGAGCUUCGACAGACUGCCAUAUGACCCUCGAUUGCUUGGUGAAGAUCUGAAGCAAGUAUUUCUAGGCGAUAUUGAUCCUCAAGCGCCGUUCAAUCGCUGGCUUAAACUACUCUCCACCUCGGGGGUACAACACAAGCACAAGGUCAUCUAUCAGUUUGGCAUUUGUCGUGGGUAUAAAACCGGCUAUUCGCACAAGGAACCUAUCAUAUCUAACCGCCAAUCCGCUGUUGAAUGGGUUCAGCAUGACACUGAUGAAUUCAGAAGGUGGUUUGAGACCUUUCAUCGAUCACCAGAACUCAGAGGUCAAAUAGACCAUGAGAUUACAAGAGUCUUCGAAGAAUCACCACAGCCAGUCGUUGGAUUCUGGUCAUUCCCGAUGGAGAGUGUCUUUGUUCCAGAAGAUCCUAAGAUCCAUGGUACAGAUACUUCACGGGCAGGUUUAACGACAGUUGGCAUGUCACAACACAUGCCGGAGCUGUGCCUGGCGAACAUCUAUUGA